AUAGUGAGGAGAACAGAUAUAGAUCUGAUUCCUAUUACAGCACCAGGACUCCUACCUGUGCGUCUAUCUAGCCCCAUGUUACUGCGGGCAAAUUUGUUUACAACGAAGUGACUAUCUACUCAAACCUGCUUAGAGGAAAGCCUGUGGAUGGUUCAAUCCACCGGGGUUCAACGCGCAAAAAUGUCAAGGCAUCAGAGGACCCCAUUGAAAAACACGAACAAUGUGGUCGAGGUCAAAAGCAAAUUUGAGGCGGAGUACAGGCGUUUCGCUCUGAAGAAGAGCGGCACCGGUGGCUUUCAGGAGUUCUACCGACUGCUGCAGACUGUUCACCGCAUCCCCAGUGUGGAGGUGCUGCUGGGAUAUGCGGACAUCUAUGGUGACCUGCUGCCAAUCAACAACGAUGACAACUUCUACAAGGCCCUGUCCUCAGCCAAUCCACUACUCAGGAUCAUCAUCCAGAAGAGAGAUGUGGAUGAGCCUGUGGUCUUUGCCACCAACUCCCUGCAGAGGAGGAAAAAGGGUCUGGCAGGGUUGCGCCCGGCACAGCAGAAAACCAAACCAGGACUGAUGAUUGGCCAUCCCCAGGACUUCCGGCAGAUCUCCUCCAUCAUCGAUGUCGACAUCCUGCCCGAGACACACCGGCGCGUCCGCCUGCACAAGCACGGUACCCACAAGCCCCUGGGUUUCUAUAUCCGGGACGGGGUGAGCGUGCGGGUCACGCCUCAGGGAGUGGAGAAGGUGCCUGGUGUCUUUAUCUCCCGGCUGGUACGUGGAGGCCUGGCUGAGAGCACAGGCCUGCUGGGGGUUAACGAUGAGAUCCUGGAGGUCAACGGCAUUGAUGUGGACAGCAAGUCUCUGGACCAGGUGACAGACAUGAUGGUGGCCAACAGCCACAACCUGAUCGUGACGGUGAAGCCAGCCAACCAGCGCAAUAACGUGGUUCUUCGAGGAAGCAAGGUCUCGGUAGGGGGGAACAGCUCCUCUGGAUCCAUAGGCUCCACCAUCUCCCAUGACUUGGCCCCCAGCCCCGCCUCUCAAAGUGUCAGUCACUAUAGCAACAGUAACAGUGUGGCGGAGGGCGACAGCGACGAGGAUGGAGACAUUAUCAUUGAGAGUGACAUCCUGCCAUACCUGCCCGACCACUGUGUGUCCAAUGGUAAUGGCAGCCACAGGGAGUUUCCAUUGUCUUCGUCACUGGGGCAACGGCCCCUCCCCCAGAGCAUUUUCCUGCCCAGUAGUGGUUCUCUGUCAGACAGCAAGGCCUCUCUGAACUCCCUGACCACUCCUACUCACAACGGCAGCCCCACCAAGACCAGCAGCAGCCAGGAGAGCAUGAGAGAGGAUGGGAACAUCAUCACAAUGUAAAACCUUGUCAUAGUACUAAUUUUACUAAGGUGUUGAGGAGAUAUCAACAAGAGAAGACCAAACAUGCACAGUUUGUCUCAUGAGAAAAACAAGACAAAUGACGAACAUUAGCUGACCACAAAACAACAAUUUUAAUUGUUACCUCACUACAGAAAACAACACACAACAAUCAUGCAGGCAAUGAUGAUGACUUUGCCUUAAAAGUAUCCAAUGUGUAUUCCAUGCAACUAAACGCAGCGGAACUAGCAGCCAUCAUGUAAGGAACUCAGUGGACAGUGUGGUGUCAAUCCUGAGAGCCUACUUACCACAACACACAUGAUAAUGGCUGUCACCAUCACCAUACUGGAAGUGCCUUAUGGCUUUCCGCUCAAAUCGCCUUAUAUUUAUCACUUUUAUUUGACUUUCUAACAGGACCAUCUGUUCAAUUCUAGACAGUGUCAUUGGGUGUCAGUGAAAAGGUGAAUACUGGCAGGAGGAGAAGCAGACAAUACUUCACACUCUAUCUCACUGUGAGAGUCUGUGAGAGACAUGUGAUCUAUGUGGACACAGUGUUAGAGACAACAUGGUAUUAGCCUACUUGAUCCUGCAUUCUGCAAUGCUUCAAUGUCCAUGCAGUGUGUUCUCUUCUGGGACUCUUCUGACAAUCACUGCCGGUUGUUAGCCUGUUAGCCGGUUGUUAGCCUGCUUAGUUAACAUACAAUAGCUUUUAUUCCUCUGUCCAAAUACAGCACAUCUUGAAACAUACAUUACCUGUUCCCUCUUCUCAGUUACCACAAAGAUGUCAUGGCAUUAUUGUACACACAACACAACAAAGUCAAGUGAGGCUUUUACAAUAUGUGUGCUUGGAUCCAAGGGCCUCCUCUGACCUCCACAGGACAGAACAGGACAGGACUAAAGAUUUUAUUCAGCCCUUGAACAUCCUUACUCCCAUUUGAUACACACAGUUAUGGCAUAUCAUAACCUUCUAUAGGAAAAUAUGUAACACUACUGUUGAUCAUCAUGUUGUUAGUAUAGGAAAUAGGAGUGAUAUAUGCUCCUCUGUCUCCCCCAUGUCGAUGUACAUCAUAUUUAUUUGACUUUGUCGCUACUGCAUGUAAAACGAAGCCUACGUUUAACUACAUUUACACAUUGACGAGGGGAAUGGGGCUGCGUCAUACCAGUAUAUCUAUCCAAUUGAUUCUGUCUCGGAACCAUCUUCAAGAGAACACCACCUUUUUAUCACAACACGGUCAGUUUUCUCCUUUAAUGUACUCCACAGCCACCAAGCAUGUUCUUCAUCUAAAACAUAGUCAGAUGGUUUGACUUCAUAUUCGUAUAGGUCAGUGGUUGACUGGAGUUACAGAGGUCCAAGGAUGAAACAUUAGACCCGGGAGAAUUUCCCUGGCAGACUUGCUGUCUUGCUUUUAAAGAAGCCAAUUCCAUUUUGCUUCAGGACAAGGUUUCUCUCCCCUGAAAAUUUGACAAAGAGUAAACACAACAGAAAUAACAUGGAGUGCUGUUGCUCCAGAAGGUCACGGCCUCUCAUAGACCCAGCUGUCUUCAGGCCCACUUGUGACUGCCAUGUUGUUGUGUAAAAUAAGGAAAUUCCUUUCAUGUUUAAAAAGCCUACAACUCUGCACAUUGGGACCUUGUUCAUACACUUUACUCCAUUCUUGAUAUCUACACCUGAGGGGCAUGGCGAGGGAAGGAGGAGAGAUUUCCUCUUAAUUUGAAGGCCAAUGGUAUCAUCUUGCAGUGAGAGCUGUGAGGCAGACAGUCUCAAAACUCCAAGCUUAUUGUUGUUGCUUCUUACCCUCACUGCACCCGAACACAAGGGCCCCCUGACUCUCUGUUAGUACUGGACUGGAGGGAGAGCUGCCGGCCCUCACAGCUAGCAAUGCCCAAGACCUCCAGGCUGGUUGGUGGGCUGUGUCUGGAGUGAUCCAUAGAGACAGAAGGAGCAUCAGAUGACCUACCACAACAGAGGGAUAAUAUUGUGUUUUACAUGGACAUGAUGUAGCUGUAGGUCAUCUCUUUCACUCUGGAACCAGCUGGAAUAACACAUACAUUCAAUAACUCUCCAUCUUAAUGUUGACUUAGAUUAUUGAAUUGACCAAUAAGACAGAACAAAACCAGCAGAGCAUGAGGACCUCCUGUGGCCUGGUUGUUAUUGUUUUACUAGAGCUGCAGUUGUAUCCAGGUAGCAUGAUACAUUCAUUAACCUGAUAAUUAUGUUGCUCACUUUAAUAUGGGGAGGGACAAUUAUUUAUUCAAAGAGGAAAGAGGCCAUCAUAAGAUCACAGGUGUCAAACUCAUUCCACGGAGGGCCGAGUGCCUGCGUGUUUUUCACUCCUUUCUUGUACUUAGUUGAUGAAUUAAGGUCACUAAUUAGUAAGGAGUUCCCUACACCUGGUUGUCUAGGGCUUAAUUUAAAGGAAAGCACAAAAACCUUCAGACACUAGGCCCUCCAUGGAAUGAGUUUGACACCCCUGUUGUAGAACAUACAGCAGAAUCACCUGUCUUCACAGAUACAGUAUAUUGUCUUUUAAUUUACUUAUAGGAAACUGCUAUCAGCUAUAACAGAAAAGCUACCACAUACUGUACUGAAUCAUUUUUUCAUGUAUGUAAUUAUGAAACUAUAAAUACAAAUUAAAAAUGAUAUAAGCAAGGGAUUUUUUGAUUAACUGGGAGAUUUUUUGUAAAAUAACAUUUUAUAAAUGUGUAAAAUAUGGAGAGUAUUUUUCUUAUUCUUGUACAUUUAUUUGUAUAUGAGGAUCCUGGAGAGGACAUUUCUAUUUCUUUGAGUACCGGGAACCAAACAGAGGAACAAAGUGUUUAUAUGAAUCUAAUGGGUCAGGGUGUACAAUACUGUGAAUGUGGUAUAGAGAUAUAUGCUGAUUAUGAAAUUACAUAUUAUUAUAAAAUAUUAUAAAAAA